CCUUCACCUAGAUCCGGGUUCAUACAUCAUUUUAUGACAAAUCCCUAAAAAUCUUAUUUUGACAAACAAAUUCGAAACCGCUAUACAUAUCAGAUCAGUGGGGAACCUAUAAAUAGAUAAAGUUCCUUUGCCAGUUUCUAUAUCUCAGAAGUCCGUAUAGUGACGUUGCUGUAUCAUGUCCAGAUAAGACGAAUUACAGGAUAAUUCGCACUCGUUCUGGACAAUCACAAACUUAGGAACAGUGUUGGACCAAUAGGUCCGAACCUACUCUAAAAACGUUUUUAGAACCAAUACCUACCGAUCUUAAUACGACGUGAAAAGGUGUACAAAAAGAACGACCAGAUAAAUGCUAAAGUUUAGAUACAGGCAUGAUUCAACGAUUCAGAAACCUAUUCUGCCUUUGCCUUAUACUGGUAACGGUCAAAAAGUCCAUUCAAUGGGACCCGGAUGCUGGGAUCGUGAAGUCAUGGACUAAAUACCCAAGAGUAACCGUGAAUGUUUCGUCAUCCUCCGGUAACUCUGACCCAAAGUCAGCCAUCGACGACAACGACAACACCCAGUGGUCGUCAGGAAGCUGUCUACCAAGCGGAUUCGUCAGCGACCCAGAAGUAAACAUUUUUCAUGGUCUUUGCGAGGACAACACAUACUGUAUAGUGUCCAAUAGCCCGGAUGUUCAUAAAGCAACUGACGGAAAUCCAUCUUACACAGUGGCUACCAUCAAACCUUCAAUAAGUUUGUCAGAUGCAAAAUUGGUAAUAAGUCUACGACAACCUCAGGUGGUAACAUUUUUGACCGUGUGGGGAAUCUACAGCCAUGGAACAACAGAAAUGUCCGUGGUUGAUGAUAACAACAUUCGCCAUACCAUCAAGAAUUUAUCGUCCACUGAUAACUACAAACAAAUUUCUUUCAAGAACAUUACUCAUCAAAUUGCUCGAGUGGAAUUUGUUUCCAGCCAGAUGUUUCAAAUUCGAGAAGUUGCAGGGCUAGGGACAAAAGGCUGUGUUGCCAAAUUCACCCUCGACCUUGGAGAGACCCGUAUGAUCCAGACAAUUCGAUCCCGCCACUGGGCGGGACCGGGGACUGCAUCAGCCCUAAAACUGAAGAUUUCUGAAUUCGGGAAUUCCUGGACAUCAGUGAAUUUAGAUCCAGACGCAGUCAACGCCGUAGUUACUCGACUGCCAUCUGUAACUCGAGGGCGAUACAUAGUUUUCGAAUAUACCAUUUACCAGAAGAACUACCUUAAGGUGUAUCUGUGGGAGGUAGACGCUUGGAAUCAAAAUUCGAUUUGGGGAAUUAAACUUCCAUCUAAACCUCAACAAAACAACCUCAGAUCGUUACUAGGUGUCAACGGAAUCUGGGGAUGGGGAAAUAAUAAGUAUAGUUCUUUGUUGCAACCAGGAGAGGGCCCAACUCUUUACAACGAGGUGGCAUCUCAUGCCAGGAACUACCACAACAUGGACUGGGACGUACUGGACCCUGACAACGAUCCAGAAUAUUCCAAAAUGGCAUCUAAUGGCGGAACUAAUGCAAAGUCCUGGUUGAACUGGGAUUGGGAGUACACAGCUUGGAAAAAUGCCAAUCUGAAGAUCGACGUCUCGGUCCAGUUCUCCAACUUUCGACAAUCUCGGUGGGAUAAUUUGCAUGACUCUGCAUUCAAUUAUGGGAAACAGUUUGCGCUGCACUUUGGCCCUGUUGUUGGAAACGGUUUAAUUGACGCAGUUGAAAUAGGAAAUGAACCGUGGUCAUACGAUGCUGCGUUCUACAAGACCCUGCUCCAGCGCAUGUCAGCGGGCAUAAGAGGCAUAGAUAACCAAAUUAAAGUGCUUCCUGGAGCAUUUCAGGCUCACGAAAAACGAGCGACAAAGAAUUACAUAGGAACUCGAAUCGAUGCUCAGAUAGCUCGCAACGUGAGUGUCAUCAACUUCCACACCUACAGUUACGUCAGUAGUAUGACCGGGGCUAGAGUCGGGGUACACCCUGAACACCCUGAGUCUUCGUUUAACAGCCUGAGGAACAUGGUCAGAUGGCGUGACACAAACCUCCCCCUUCACCCGUUGUGGGUAACCGAGUGGGGAUGGGAUGCACCGACGACAGGCGAGAACUGUACAUUCUCUGAGUGCGUUACUGAGGCUGAACAAGCCAUCUACGGAAUCAGAGGACUGUUAAUUCUGUCAAGAUCUAUGGUAGACAGAGUCACUUGGUUUUUCUAUGCCAAUACUAAAUGCGAUCAUCUCUAUUGCCGAAGCGGUCUGACCAGUUCUUCUGCUUCCGGCUUCACGAAGAGACCGGUUUUCCACGCUUUCAAGGCUUUACUAAGCUUCCUGGGUGAUUCCUAUUUUCAGUUUACGCUAAGCGAGAAUGAGGGGAUUUAUGUCUACUUCUUUGGAAAGAAAGUUCAGCAUCUGGAUAGACUUCAUGAAGAAGAAAAAAUCCGGGGAGCGAAAUACAUGGUGCUCUGGAGGCCAAAACCACUUCAAGGAGGUGGCACCUUCCCUCUCUUUUACGUAUUUCCGCAAGGUACAAAUCCUCUACAGGCAGUGCGAUUUACCGGAACUGACACUCCCUACGUCACAGAACCUCUUCAGUAUCAACCUGGUAUUGAAGGCACCCUCACUUUGAACGUCACGUCAUAUCCGGUUCUUAUUGAACUAGCACACACUCCGGUGGCACCAGUUCUUGGGUUCUAGUCAGAAUUGUUUUCAUAUAGAAAGCAUUAUUUAAGGGUUAUAUAGGAAUUGGAUUUUAAGAUAUUCAAAUAAGUGAAAGUUGUGCGUAUUACAAUUUGUGAAAUUGUAACAGUUAAAAAAGUUAAACAUGUACAUACAAAUUGAUUUCAACCAAAACAUUAAAAGACGUGUAUAAAAUUGAAUUCAUAAGUGUUUGAUGUCUUAGAUAGACAUUGUAAUGAUAAUAGAAGCGGUACUGUGUACCGGGUAUGUUUUAAGAUUUGUUAACAUAUUACCACAUGUAGUCUACAAUGUGAUGUCAGUAAUAAACCAGUGCUGCUUCAA